UUAGAGCCCGUUUGGUAGCACCAAAAUCGGCUGUUUUGGCUGAUUCUGCUGAAAUUUAUGAUAUUCUGGCUGGAGUGGCUGUUUUGGCUGAUUCUGCUGAUUUAAGAAAAAAAAAAUUAAAAAUAUAUUUUAUUAAUAAAUUAAAGAAAAAAUUAUAUGUAAAAAUAGCUAAAAUGGUCCUCUACAGUAACUUCAGCCAAUACAGCCAGAAAAGUAACUCCAACCUUACUUUUUCGGCUUAUUACACAAUUCAGCGCGCGAAAGUAAAAGUUACGUGUUUGGUGAAAAAGCUGGCUGAUAAGCCUGAUAAGCCGAAAACAGAG